CUAAGAGUGGACAGCAACAGGCGGAGUUAGUUGAGUGCCAAGAGUUGCCCCUUCAAUAUUCCAGAUAAAUCAUGAUAAAGUGGUCGCUGUCGCUAUGCGCGGUGUUGGUGGCGAUCAGCUCAGCAAAUGCUCAGCUAUACCUGAACAGAACCCGAAGGCAAACAGGUCCAUCUUGCGUCACACCGGAUCGAAUCCAAGGUAUCUGCGUGAAUAUCCGGAGUUGCCCGACAUUGUUGAACUUACUUAAGAACUCACACUCCGAACCUGGAGUGAAGGAUUUCUUGCGAAGUUCAAAGUGUAAUCCAGAUGUUCCCUCCGAAGUAUGUUGCAAAAUGGAGCGGCAAGAAUCGCAAGAUUACCCCACAUUAAUGUCACCACCUGAAUGCGGAAAAACUUACGUUAACCAGCAGCCCAGAAUCGUAGGAGGGCAGCCAGCUGAAUUAGGUGCCUGGCCAUGGAUCGCUCUUCUCGGUUACAGAACAAAAAAUUCACCAGGUCCUUACUGGCAGUGCGGUGGUUCACUCAUCAGCGAGCGCUAUGUAAUCACCGCAGCCCACUGCAUCAAUCCCCGGCCCCUAACACUAUAUAUUAUACGGUUGGGCGAAAGUGAACUGGACAACGACAACGAUGGAGCAACACCUAUUGAUAUAUUAGUGGAAUCAGUUCUGGCACAUCCAAAUUACAGUUUCAGUACGAAACUUGAUGACAUCGGCCUUGUAAAAUUGAAGGAAACUGUACCGUUUUCUAGAAAUGUACAACCAAUUUGUCUUCCAAAACCUCCUGAAAUGAGGUCUCAAGCUUUUGUCAAGUAUUUCCCUUUUGUUGCUGGAUGGGGCUCAACAGCUAGUGGAGGAGGUCCAGCAUCUAAAAAACUGCUCCAAAUCCAGGUUCCAGUAACAGACAAUGAAUCAUGUGACAAAGUGUAUACGCCAAAAGGAGCUAGGAUUCUCAGUAAACAACUUUGUGCUGGUUAUCCAAAAGGAGGAAAAGACGCAUGCCAGGGUGAUUCUGGAGGUCCUUUGAUGUUGCCUAAAGGAAGUUCCUAUUACUUGAUUGGCGUUGUAUCUUUUGGUUACGGAUGUGCUCAAGCUGGGUUUCCAGGUGUCUACACACGAGUGACUUCAUAUCUGGAUUGGAUUGUGGAUAAUAUGAAUUGAUUGGAAUGAUCUGAUUUAAGUGCAUGAACACUUAAUAAAACUAAACUAGUCGUGAAAAGAAAUAAUAAAUGUAUUAAUAUAUAUUGAACAUUCCAAGAAAAUUAUUAGACCUGAAAAAUUGAAAUACAAUAGAAAAUUCACUUUUUGGCCUUAUUGAAAAAAUAAUACUUCUUAAAAAUUACUUUAUUAUUCUUACAAUUACUUUAUUAUUACUCUUUAAAUGUCAUCACAUUCAUGAAAUGUUAUUUAUUGAAAAUUAAUAAUGUCAUAAUUAUAUUCCAAGGAUCUUGUUAAAUAUAUUUGUUUUUAUUAC